CUCUUCCUUCAUCUCCCACCUAUUUCUCCUGUAAGGAGAUGGCGUUAAACAAACAAACUCAGGGAGUUAAAGAGUGAAGUGAUGCAUGAUGACCCCAACACCUUUGCAUGUAAUGUUGAAUGGACAAAUGUGAAGUAUUGGGGAAGCCAAUCAAGAGCGCAGAAUCCCCAUAUCCCGACAAACCAAAACACCAUGCAACUCCUCAAAACCCCUCUCUCAUUCAUUUCUUCAUUCACUCCUCUAUCCGCUCUCAAUCAUGUCCGUUCCCGCUCUCACAUUCCAAAUUCACAACUUCAUCCGCUCCAUGUGCGACGAUGGACUCGUCAACGAGCAAUUCCUUUACCUUGAAACUGCGAGGCUACAUCCUCUUCGCCGCGACGCUCUCCUGCGAACCGUCACGGCCUACUCUCUCUCCUCCAAAGGCUUAUUUUCUGCUAUCACUAGCCAGCUUGAACAGCAGCAGGUUGAUUUUGAAAGAGUUAGUGAUCUUGCCCGGGAUUUAUAUGCCAGAUCGAGCGGUAUUGGUGCAGAGAGUGUAAAAUGUGCAUGUGCUGAACUUAUUCAAGCAUCUGAGAGGAAAGACAAGGACUAUUGCUCCCUGGCUUUAUAUUGGACCAAGAACAGAUUUUCUUGUUUGAGGGACAAAUUUGAAACCCUUGUGAAGAUGGAGAGGUCUAUUCUCAAUCUUGAGAAUGGUCAGUGAGAAGAAUGGAUCAAUUUUGAUAUCUACAGCUGAAGCAUAUCUGGUUGAAAUUUCUGAUGACAUGCCUUGUGAUAUUCUGAAAGUUGAUUCUUUAAGCUGGUUUCCCUAAGUCGUGAAAUGGAGGAAGAGAGUGCAAGGUAGCUUAACCUAAGAAUCACUCGUAUCCAUCCAUGUGUCAAAAUUUCUCUCCUGCACAGAAGUACACAUGCAUCUGCGUGCACACCCAAACACCCUUGCUUGGAGAUUUUCAGGUAUGUAUUACAAACCACCUUUCAUUAGAAGAACAAAGUGCUUCUUCACACAAAAGAAAAGCAAGAGGAAAGCACAGGACAUGGUAAAUGUAUUAUUGUUUUUAUUGUUGUUUUAGCGUAUAUGAGAAUGCUGAUAUUGUGAAAAAUGACGAUAGUUGUUACCUUUCUGAGAUUAUCCUUAUAGACAUAUUUUCAACUGUUUAACAUGAUACGGUUGGACACCAAUGCAGGCCUGCCGUUUUUAUCACUAUUUAAUUAAGGGUGUUUAUACUCUAGAAAAACCAAUUCUAAAUUCUAAUAAUAAAACAUGUACGCACUGAAGCUCCUUGUUCGUUCGUAUUCUUAUUGGAGGGACACAUUUUCUGAACCUUUGAAUAUGUCUGGAAGGAGGGGUUUGUUUUUAGAGGAUGAGCACGCAGCGCUAGCCACUUGACCAAAAGCUAUAGCUAUUAGUAAGGGUUCACACUUUGAUACUUAAUCCCUCGGUCAGGAUAGAAAAAGGGGGUUCGGAAACUUAUGAGAAUAUAAAUCUGGCAGAGCCGGUUAGAUAUUCUCUCAUAAGUUUACAAGCAUGGGGAAAAAUAAAGACAGAAAGAUAAAAUUCUGUACAUAAAAUGUUUUUAAGCCUUUAAAUGAUUACCGCAUCUUUUAAUAAAUAUUACUCAAGGCAUCCGUAGAUGCCCAGAAAGAAACUACUCCAUAAAAAAAAAUAAACUUACUUAGAUUCUAGGGGAAGGGGAGAGAGUUCUGAAAUUCCUCGUUUAUUUAUGAUUGGAAGUAUACAAGAGAGGAAAGAUGAGGAGAUACAAGAGGGACGCAAGUGGAGAGAAGGCAGAGGUAGAGAGAGGGAAGGAUUUUGAGAGAGAGAGUGGUUCCGAGUUCUUGCCCAGCAUAAGGGACUUAAAAACUCUUUUAUAGAAAAAGUUUGAAACCUGUAACUUGUUGAACCGGUUUUCAAAUGACCGGUUACCUAGUGUCUGGGUCACCUGGUGACGUGUCUGUAUUUGAACGUUGUGUGUCUUUACCCUUCAGUCUAUUACCCAAUUAUGAGUAAAAUUACUGUGUCACAGGUAGGAACACUUUACUGUCCUCUUUUGGAGACUACCGUAGAGAUCAUGUCUUCGGGAUCUUCCUCAAGUAUUUGGUCUGAGUCUUCAUUAUCAGAAGGGAAAGAAGAUCCAGGAGUUCCUUGUCCGUGGCUUCCUGUUUCUUCAUAAAUUUCUCUGUAUAUUCUUUCUUUUUCAAAUUUUUUAACCAGUAUGGGACUGGCUUCUAUAGGGAAAGGAUGAAAUUUGUUUCCCAUAAACUUCUUCCAAUAUAUUUUGGUGUUUGUAGUUUCUUUUAAAAGGAUAUAUUCUGUAUUAUCCUUUCUAGAGAAAUUCCAAUUUGAUCUUUCAACAUAAGCUUUCCAGAGUUGGUACUGGUAUAGCUUUUCUUUGUUGAGUGACAACCCUUUCAAGGAGCCGUGUUCUAAUUUGAUAUGGGCCUCCGGAUUUGACUCUGUGAAUAGUUUAAUGACAUGUGUUGCCACGCUAUCAGGAGUAGAGGCGCUUUUUGGAGAACAAGUGAUUUGUAGGCAGAUAUUGGUCAUAUAUUCUGCUUGUAUUUCAUUUACUAUUGAGUUUAUUUCCUGGGUUAGAGAGUUGAAUUUUUCAGUUGGUGGGAUUAGAAGCGUUUGGAGGCAUCCUGCUUCUAAUAAUAGUGAUGGACAUAUGACUAUGUCUCUAUAUAAUUGAUUUUUGAAGGUUUUUAAAUCAAUUAGAGCCUUUCUAAAAAUGAAUUUUAUUUGGCAUGUACAUUUUGUGGUAACUGUUUUGCAAUAGUCAGAAGACUCUUGGCAUGGUGUUUUUGUGUCGAAAUAAGUCUGAGGUUUUACAAAUAAUCCAUUGUAAUUUUGUGUUUCUGAAUGAACUUCAAACAAGAAUUCUUGUAUGACUUCAAAUUUUGCAAGGAAAAUAUUUGGGUUUAUUUGUGGUGAGAAGCUACAAGAGGCGGCAUACGUAUGUGUUUGGGUUCUUGGUUCGAAUGUUAACCCUGUUUUUAUUUUCUCUUCAUCUAUAGUUUCUAGCUUUAAAGCCAUUUGGGCUUCUUCUAAAGAAUUAAAGCCUUUGUAAGUAGACCAAAAUUGGUCUUGUUUUGCCUCAGAGAGGUCUUUAAAGGAAGUAUAAACUCCUUUAUUUGGCCCUGUAAUUAGGGCAUAAUGUGUAAAUCCUUUCCCAGAGGGAGAGGCUGGUGAAGUUAACAAAACUCCUUUGUUAUCUGCAUUGCAGAAAUUGUAUAGUGCACUAAUGAUGCUUUGUUUCACCUUAGUGACUUGGUGUUCAUUUUGAACUGUGUAUUUUGGAAUAUUCCAUAUGUUGUCAAUUAAAACAUUUAAUUUGACAUUUGUAUUUUCUCUACCAGGAAAAUGGUAGGUAUUUGUGAGUAUUGGCAAUUCUUGUUUGCCAUACUUUGUGUAUUGUUCCACCACAAAGGGAGACUUUACUGGUUUAGGACCAGAAGGUCCUUUCUUUGUGUUUUGUAUAAAUUAUAUUUUGAAAUAUUUGUACCUGCAAUAUAGAAGCACAUGGGUUAAGCAAUAAAAUGUUUAAGACUUUGUAAGUGUUGUUCUAAAACCAAGAUGUUGCCCUUGUAAGAGGCAAGUGUAAAAGCAUAUUGGAAAGGAUUGUGUGGGAAUAGUUCAUUUCUUCUUCGCCUUAAUUUGGCUAACUUUCUUUUAAACCUUUUUAUUUGUUUAGAUAAUUCGAUGGCAGAAUUAACAUUAAAGACAAGACUAAUCCCUCUUGGCCGUAAUAUUCUGACCCUGACCUGGAAUCCAGGAGGGAUUUCCGGAUCUUCAAUGUGUAACAUAUUCAUAUAUGUGACUGUAUAAAAAACUCUUUUGAGUCUUACUUUUGUAUAAUGUACUUGGAAAGGAUAUCAGCAAACAUAUUGUCAGAUCCUUUAAUAUGUUCAAAGUUUAUAAUUUUUCCGGAAUUUAUGUAGUCUCUAAAAAGUAACCAUCGUCUGUGAGGUUUUUUGUCAUUAUUUAUUUGGUUUUUCCCAUAGGAAACGAUUGCUUCACAAUCAGUUCUAAUGGUUAUUUAUGGUUUAUUUAUCAAAAAUAAUUUAAAUGCUUCUAAGGCGUGUAUAAUUGCAUUGACCUCAUAAUCAGUGCUGGUCUGAUAAACUUGUGGCUUCACAGUAUAUUUUCCAGAAGCAUAUCGGCAUAUUUGUUCAUUAUCUUUUGACAAGUAUUUAUUUUUCUUCCUUUUUAGGAUGGCUCCCCAUCCUGAUUCGCAUCCAUCACAUUCAAGUACUAAAUAAUCUGAAUCUAAUGGUAAUUGUAGAGUAGGUAAUUUAUUUACCUUUUGUUUUAUGUUUUGAACCAAUUUUAUAUCUUCAGAAUUGAACUUUCUUUCUCCUUUUAGAGAAGUUUUAUUGUACAAAGGAGCAGUAUAUUUUCCCAAAUCUGGAAUAAAACUCCUGGCAUAAUUUAAAAGUCCUAAAAAAAGAUCUUAGGGUUUUUAUGUCUUCCAUUUUAUCAGGAAAGUCUUGAAUUUUCUUAGAAAUGUGAGGUUGGAGUUUUAUGGUUCCAUUACCUAUUUCUGUUCCAAGGAAUUCUAUGAAAUUUUUACAAAUUUCCAUUUUUCCUUUUGAUAUAAUUAAGCCAUAUUUUUCAAGUUUGUAUAAUACUUGUUUUAGGUGGAGAUAAUGAUCUUUUUUUGUUUUGGAAAAAACUAGUAUAUCAUCUAUAUAGACACAUGUAAAGGUUUUUAAAUCAUUGAAAAUGUUAUCCAUUUUUCUUUGAAAAAUUGCAGGAGCAUUUUUAAGACCAAAAGGCAUCACAUGCCAUUCGUACAAUCCUUCAGAACAGGAAAAGGCUGUCCAUUUUAUAGAUUUUGGUUCCAUUUUUACUUGAUGGAAUCCACUUUUGAGAUCAAAUUUUGAAAACCAUUUUGCAUUUUGAAUACGAUUUAUAAGAAUUUCUUUAGACGGAAUUGUAUAUCCAUCUUCAACUGUAUUAUCGUUUAAACGUUUAUAAUUAUAAACCAUUCUAGAUUUACCUCUUUUUUGUUCGGAAGAUUUAUUUACUAUGAAAGCAGGACUCCUGUGAGGACUUUCACUUGGAGCUAUUACUUUUAAUUUCAGAAGAUGGUCAAUAUGCAUUCGACAUUCUUCCUGUUCCCAAUUAUUGAACUGAAUAUCUUUAGUCUUUAUAAUUAAAUCGGGGUUGAUUAUGUUUAAUUUACAAGUAACAGCAUCACGAUCCCAAAAUUUGGUGGGAUCUUCUCCUAUUAUGCUGGUUUUAUUUAACCUAUCCAAAAUCUGUUGGAUAUUAUUAAAAGUGAUUGUUUUAGAUAUUUUUAUGGAUGAAAAAGAGUCCAUAGUGUCAUCUGAACAGUAAUCUAUGGAUUCUAAAUCUUCUUUCAUACAAUCACACUUUUCUGAGGAUCUGGUGUUUGUACAUGAACAUUCAUCAGAGGAUGGUUUUGUAUAGCUGUCUCCACUAAUUAUGGGUGACAUUUGUGUUUUAUCACUAAUAAUGACAUAAUCCUUAUUUAUAGUGAUAGUUCUAUUAUGGCCUAAUAUAAAAUCUAAACCAAUAAUCAUGCUUUGUUUUGAAGGAACUAAAUUUUCUACACGCAUGGUUUUAAGAUGUAUUUUUUGGCCAAAUAGGUCACAAUUUGUACUGAAUUGAAGAGAAAUAUUGUUUAUUUUUUCAUCAUUUAUCAUUAUUAUUUCAGACAUAGUUCUUGUUUUUUGUAUAUGUUUACUCUUAGUAAUCAUAUAUGAAGGUACUUUUGUUCUGCAAACGACUGUCUCAGAACAUCCUGUGUCUAAGAGGGUCUGUAUGAUUUCUUCCUUAGCAGGGUUUUUGUUUUGUUUUGGAAAAUUUAAUUUUACUAAUACUUUAACAGAUAUUAGUUGUUUUUCGUUGCAAACCAAUGGGAUACAUUCUGUGGUUCCAAUCAUGUUAUUUUGUAUGUUUUUUGAGAUGGUGCUUGUUUCAGAAUCUUGGAUUAUUUGUUCUAGACGAAGGAUUUUUUCUUCAAGGUUAUUUACUUUGGUUUCUAAAAUUGAAGUUCUAGUAUCAAUUAUGUUUUUAUCUUUUAUGUUUUCUUUUUGUUCUAAAAAGAUUGGUAUUUCUUGUAUUUUUAGAUGUGUUGUAAUACAUUUUAUACAAAAAUUUUUGUAGCAUAAAGGACAAUGAGCCCUUUGUGAUUUAUGAAAAUACCUAUCACAAUACUGGCAGGGAAUGGAUGUUGGUCCUGAAAAGUAUUGUAAUGUAUGAUGACAUAUAUUUGUUUCAGUUAUAUUCAUUAGAUAAUAUCCCGAAUCAUCUAAUAUUUCGCCUAAUUCAUUAUAUUUGUCAUUUAAUUCGAAAUCAUAUUCUUUAGGGUAAAUUUGGAUAAAUUCAUUAUUUGUGAAAUCAUUUAUUAAGUCAUAAUUUUUGGGUUGUUUUUCUAAAUUAAUUUCAUCAUUGAAUUCUGUUAUACUAACUACUGAUAAUAUUUCAGAAUCAGUAGAUACGUCUUCAUCGAUCGGAAGAAGAUUCAUAUGGCAAGAUUUGAUGAGUUCUGUUUCUUUUGUAUAAAGAUUUGCUAUGUUUGGACAAUCUCUUGAGAAAUGUCCAGUUUGGCUACAAGCAUAACAUUUUAAUGUUUGUUUGUAAUUUUUAUUUUCUCUAAAUUUUCUAACGUGUCUGUUAGGAUUUAGAGUUGGUUUCCUAGAAUUUGAGGAUCUUAUAGUAUAAGUUUUUCUAGAAUUAGUUGGUCUUUGUACAGUC